CUAGAGUAGACCGGUGUAAUAUGGCGGAUCGCAACCUCUUUCAUUGUGUUGUGGUUUUGGGGCAAAAUUUGCCCUUUGAAAGGAAUAAAUAUCAACAAUGGAGAACAAGAUGAGGAAACGGCCGCUUGGAUUUCAUAGAAAUAUCCACAGAAAUUGUAUUGCCCCCCACAUUUCAUAGAAAACAUUCAUUCAAAGGCAGAGCCUGACUAUAUUUAGAAGAAUAUUCAUAAAAUUAUAUAAAUGUUCCAGUCAUUUGGAGCAAAUGGAUUAGAUUUUUUGAUGAAUUGAAAAAGUAAAGGAGAAUUUUUCUACUUGUUAUUAUAUCUGCUGGCAGCAUUACAUUGUAAAAUCUUCACAUUUUUCGUGGUCGUUCAAAAUGGCAACAGAUGCUUGGAAGAAGCAUUCUCUUCAGAACUCUGAAUCUCGAGAUUAUCAUCAUAACACUGACUACUAUUUUUCUAAUGGCAAACAAACAAAUAACUUUCAUCAGAGGAUAAGAGAAACUGGAGUGAUUGAAAAACUUUGUCAAACCUAUGGCUUUAUUGAGUGCGCAGAGCAGGAGUUAAGAGUUUUCUUUCACUACAGCCAAUACAAGGGGAAUGCUAAUGAACUUGAAACAGGAGAUAACGUUGAAUUUGAGGUAUCCUCAGAUACACGUACAGGAAAGCCAAUUGCCUGUCGUGUGUUGAAAUUGGAACCAGGAACUGUGACUUUUGAGGUGAAGAGUGAGGAAAGAGUGGUUGGUAAAGUUGAAGUUGAGGCUAAGCCACCAAGGUUUAGUUAUCCUAAACAGUCUUCUUCCCGUAAUGGUGACUCGGAAGCUGGUCGUGUUUGCUACGAAGUGAAUGGCGAGUCGUUCUUCCUGCCAUACUACCACUCAGAUGUUAUUUCAAACUCUCAACUAUACAAAGGCGACAGUGUGUCAUUUUUCACUCUGGAAAACAAAAGAAAUGGUCAUCAUUGUGCGGUUGAGCUGUUGCUUGUCAAAGCAGCUCCUCCUGUUUACGUUCAAGGCAUUGUUUGCUCAUUGAAGGAGUCUUUUGGUUUCAUUGAAAGAGCUGACAAAGUCAACGAGAUUUUCUUCCACUACAGCGAGUUCCAAGGUGGUAUUGGUGAUCUCUUGCUGGGAGAUGAUGUGCAGUUUGUUGUUCAUGCCCGCAACGGCAAAGAGGUGGCAGUGUCGGUGGAACCUCUUCCGGAAGGCACGGUGAAAUUUGAGGACAUCAGUAAAGACACAUUCCAAGGAACCGUGGAGAAAGUGUUCAGUCGUAACAAGAGACAGGAGCCAUUGAACGGCAAAGUAUUGUACAGCACCAACGAUGGUACUUCUGAACUGCCUUAUGGUGAGAAAGACGUAUUGGGUGAAUUCACCAUCCUUCCUGGCGAUGUGGUCGGCUUCAAAAUUGCAACUGAUCGGCGAGAUUCUUUGAGAAGAGCAACAGAGAUUUAUCUGAUAAAAGAGGCGGAGAGUUCUAACGGUGGCAGUGUCAGAGAAAGGGGUUUUGUAUCCGCGUUGAAAGAUGGUUUUGGUUUUAUUCAAUGCUGUGACAGAGACUCGAGGUUGUUUUUCCAUUUCAGCGAGCUUAUUGACCUGGAACAAGAAAUCAACUUUUCGGAUGAAGUAGAGUUCAGUAUUGUCGAGGAUUAUGUCGCAGGUGGACGUCUUCAUGCAAUUCGCGUGCGAAUCCUGCCGAGAGGAAGUAUUGGUUUAAAGCCAAUGACAGAAGAGUGGUUUACCGGAAUCGUGGAGCGUGAGUCAGCGCCGUGGAUGGGACGAAGUCCAAGGAAGGUGGAGCGGGAAAGGGACAGCGAGUGUGGUUUGAUUGUUGCGUGUAUUGAAAAUGAGAAGAUUGCUUUGCCAUUCUUUCCCGUUGAUUCUGAUCUCAGAACGAUGGCGAAAUUUGGAGAUCAGGUCGAGUUUCAAGUUUCGGUCAGUGAGAGAACUGGACACCAAAUGGCUGUGAACGUUACUGUGAUGAAACGAAAUAGUGACGUCAAACAUCUCGGUUUUGUUGCUGCGUUGAAGGAUACUUUUGGUUUCAUUGAGUUGGCAGAUCACGAGAAAGACAUCUUCUUUCGCUUCAUUGAGUAUGACGGAGAUCUUUCUCUUGGCGAUGAGGUGGAGUUUAAUAUCACGGCAAAGAACGGGAAAGUUGCUGCUGAGAGGCUGAUCAAGCUAGCCAGCGGUACUAUUCCACAAGAAACUGUUAUUUCGGGAACGUUUGAAGGAAGAAUUCUUCGUCCAUUGAGACGAGCAGACCCUCAGCAAGUUGAUUACCAAGGUUUGAUCGAAUAUAUGAUAGAAACAUCGGAUAGUGAGAGCAAAGACGUGGAGGAUGAUGUUGUUUAUGUUAUUCCUUACGGCAUAACUGGUUUGGUUGACAAGAACACUGUACUGCAAUGUGGAGAGAAGGUUGAGUUUCGCAUUGGUUGUUCAGAAACCUCGGACAAGCAGUUUGCUGUCGAGAUCACUGCUAAGCGAGAACGUUUGAGAGCAGUUGUUGAGUCUGUCAAGGGUGAGUAUGGUUUCAUAGCUUAUGAAACUGACGAGGCCAAGAAUUUGUUCUUUCAUACAAGCGAAAUUGAAGAUGAUACAAUAUCGAUAAAGGCUGGUGAUACUGUGGAAUUUUCAAUCAUCCACAACACUCGAAAUGGCAAACAGAGUGCGUGCAAGAUUUCUGUUGUUAGUGAAAGACAACGACCUGAACGUCUUGUACGACGAAGUUUGGGCCUCAUUGGGGAUGAUCAGUCUCUCAAAUUCACCAUCAUUCGACAGCCAGCAGGACCUGACAGCAAUACUAUUGGUUUUAAUCAUCAAAGGGCACUCGAUUUGGGCAAUGCCGUCUCUAAUCUGUCAUUAACUGAGCAAGAAUGAGGUCGUCUAAAGCUGUUUUGUAGAGGAAUUGAGGAUUUCGUAUUUUAACCAUUUAACUAGUAUACUUAUAGGAGUUAUAGUGUAUUCCUCGAGUGGCAUUUGUUUGUCUGUAUUAAGCAAGACAAAGUGUAGGAUUUCAACUUAGUAAAUGAGUUUUACUGCAAGCAAUUAUUGUGUAACUAUACAUGUAGACAUUUGUAGAAAUAAUGAACCAAAUCUUUCUCGAAUUCGCUUCAGAAUGUGACGGCAGUUUUGAUGAUGAUUCUUUUCUGUAACGUGGUUAGUUAUGCUAGCUGAAGCUGAAGCGAAUUUACGAAGGGUUGUUUAAUUGAAACACAUUGGAAAUAAUGCGAAUUUGUGAAAUUGCAAAAUAAAAUUGUUUUACUGAA